UGGAUUUACUGCAUCACAGUGAGAGUCAUGCACCGACCUCCAGAUAACAGGAUGGCCGGGAAGCCGUUCCGUGCCACUUUCAUCUGGAGCAGCAUCAUAAACAACCUGCAGUCGCAGGUGGAGGUCAAGAGACGACGCCACAACCUUAAGUCCUACCAUAACUGCUUCCUGGGCUCUGAAGCCGUAGACGUAGUCCUGGCUCACAUCAUUCAGAACAAAUUCUGUGGAGAUGAAGAAGUGCCUCGUUAUAAAGCAGUGCGCCUUUGCCAGGCGCUCAUGGACUCGCGGGUGUUUGAGGCUGUGGACACUAAGGUGUUUGGGAAGGAAAAGAGGCCGGUUAAGUUUGAGGACAGCAGCUGCAGUUUGUACAGGUUCCUGAACAGGCCAAGUUCUAACAAGGAUUCGUUACAGAUUGUGUACGAUGCAUCUUCCAUCAGCAGGUCUGAAAGAGAAGAGGAACAGAACUAUUCAAACAGCUCGCCCGUCAAGAAUGAUAAAUCUCUGGAAGACGUUUUAGGGAACCUGAAUGCAAACACCACCGUCACACCCCAGCUGAUGAAUCUGGGCCUGUCCCAGGAGGUGAUGGAUGAGGUGUGGCAGCAGCAGGCCACGUUAAGGUUACUGCAGCUAAUCGAGUUACCAUUAUUGGAGAGUCUGUUAGAAGGGAAGGAAAGUCCUCGCCCCCCUCUGCAUGGCAUGGACAGCGACCCGGACCUCCUCUACACCAGCAACUACGUUGAUCGAGAGAUCCUCAAAGCCUUCAGCGAAGCCCAGGCUGAUGACUGGUUAUCAGCAGCUGUGGACUGUCUGGAGUUCCUGCCCGAUCAGUUAGUAGUGGAAGUGAGUCGAGGCCUCGCCAGGUGUCCAGAAGAGACGUCCGAGUAUAAACGUUUGCUUUAUGAUAUCCUUAUUCAACACUACGGACAGACGGACUAUCCUCCACUCUUCACCAACCACGUCUUUGACGUGCACACAGGCAUCUCCGAACUGUUAGUUAAUGGAAAACAGGAGCAAGCUCUGGAGGCUCUUCAGCUCUGUCUGAAGCUCCAGGACUCGCGGAGCAGAGAGGAACUCCGCAGACUGCUCCGCUUCAUGGCUCUCGCUGCCCAGCCUAAAGACAUUAAACUGCACAAAGAGGUUGAGAACAGGAUGGCAGUGAAGAGGGCAUUCUCCAGUGCUAUAGUGUACAGUGCCAAACUGGCCAAAGGAAAGGUGGACCUCCUGGUUCUGUUUUUGAUAGACCACCAUCUAGAUCUGUUCAAGAUCCCGGUAUCAUUGCACAGGCUUGUUAGCAAUAAACUAGCGAACAUUGUCAAGGGCAAAGAUCCUGAUGUUGUAACAGGUCCAUCUUACUGUAGACGGCUCACAGGAAGUGCUUACAUGGAGACAGUACAGAAAACCACCAAAGAGGAGCUGUUCACUUUACUACGAACCAUCCACGAGAACCCCAGAUUCUCAGUAAAGGAGAAGCGGAGACUGCUGGGCCAGUUCUACAGAGGCCAUCCUGAGAUCUUUGUACAGUAUUUCGGCAACCAGAUCUCCAGUUCUUUCCUGUAAUACAGUGUUAGAUUGAAAUCUGUUGCACUACAUGUAUAUAGUGAGGUGUAAAUGUGUAAAAUGUCCUGUAAAUCAUGUACAAAACCUAAUGUAAAUGUUAUUUACUUUUUGUGUACAGACGCACAUGCUAAAUGAAAGGUCAACAAAUGAAA